CCAAAUGAAAUCUCUCUUCCGUGGCAACAUCCACGAGAAAGUUUUUUCAUCAUCUGCUGUAAACCUCAACCACUCCUUGGCUGUCAUUGACCCUCCAUCGAUCUUCGAUGCAGAACCCGAACCAGCUAUCCCUCCUGUUCACCGUCUUCUUGUCCUCUUCAAUGAUUAUACCAAGUCUAGGCAGUGUACUACGCCGAACACGAAAAUCUGGCAUGCCCAGUUGCUCAAAAGUCAUCUUUUACAAUCCCAAGCGGGCAUUGCGGAUUCUUUGAUGGAUUGCUACCGACAAUGUGAUGCUACGGGAUAUGCACUCAAGCUAUUUGAUGCAGCUCCUCAGUGGAGCCUCAUUUCUUGGAACACCGUCAUUUCGAGUUGUAACAAGAAAUCCUUGUUCUUGGAGUCAUGGAAACAAUUUUGCAGGAUGCAUAAGUCGGGUUUUGAGGCGGAUGAGAUGACGUAUGGAAGUGUUAUCUCGGCCUGUACCGCAUUGCAGGCUCCACCGAAUGGUAUGCAAGUCUAUUCUCUGGCACUGAGGAAAGGUUUUCACGCAAAUGGUUAUGUUCGAGCGGGGACGAUCGAUUUGCUCGCGAAGAAUUAUAAGUUUGAUGAUGCUUUGAGGGUUUUUCAUGACGUGUCGUGUGAGAAUGUGGUUUGUUGGAAUACUAUAAUUGCCGGGGCAGUUAGGAAUGGAGAGAACCGGAUUGCUUUGGAUCUUUUCCGGCAAUUAUGUUGUCAUGGCACUUUUCUGCCAAACAGUUUCACUUUUCCCUGUGUUCUUACAGCCUGUGCUAUGCUUGAGGACCUUGAGACUGGAAAGGUGGUCCAUGGAUGGAUAAUCAAGUGUGGAAGCUAUGAUGUGUACGUAAGUACUUCGCUUUCUGAUUUAUAUGCCAAAUGCAGAGAUAUGGAAGGAGCUAUGAAGAUAUUUAAUCGGAUGCGCUUCCGCAAUGUUGUUUCUUGGACUGCCAUGAUUUCGGGUUUUGUGCAGCUGGAUGAUUCUAUCUCUGCGGUCCAACUGUUCAAAGAAAUGAGAAGUUUGGGGGAGGAAAUAAACACCUUUACUAUUACUAGUUUACUUAGUGCUUGUGGCAGACCAGGAUCAACUAAAACUGCCGCACAAUUCCAUUCCUUGAUCAUUAAAUGUGGAUUCGAUUUGGACCCUGCAGUGGGGGCUUCAUUAAUGAAUAUGUAUUACAAAGUUGGAGCUGUUGACUCAUCUGAAUUAAUAAUUGGAGAAAUGGAAAGGAGGAGAAAUCCCAAUAGUAGGGCAGUUAUGAUAUCUCUGCAUGCACAGGCUAAUGAUGCCGGAAGGGCUAUAGAAUUGUUCGUGAGAAUGUUACAGGAAGGUGUGAGACCAGAUAAGUACUGUACUUCCAGUCUCUUAAGUGUUGUAAACACGUUAAGCUUUGGGAGACAGGUCCACUCUCAUGUUAUUAAAAGUGGCUUGGUAUUCGAUGUCUCGGUUGCUAGUUCACUUUUUACAAUGUAUUCUAAAUGUGAUAGUUUGGCAGAAUCAUAUGAAAUUUUUGGGCAAAUUUGUGAAAAAGACAAUGUCUCCUGGACAUCAAUGAUUGCUGGUUUUGCUAACAAUGAUCGUCCAGAUGAAGCAGUUCGACUAUUCAGAGAUAUGCUGAUUGAGGGGAAUACUCCUGAUCAAUCGACCUUUAUUGCAAUUUUAACUGCAAUCCGGUCUCUAAACUCAGUAAACAAAGGCGAGGAAGUUCAUGCCAAAGUUAUUCGAUUAGGAUUUGGUGAAGAGAUCACUGUUGGUGGUGCUCUUGUUAUGAUGUACUCCAGAUGCGGAUAUCUGAAAUUGGCAAGAAGGCUACUUGACUUACUACCCUUGUGGGAUGGCGUGGCAUGUUCAACGAUGAUUUCGGGGUAUGCCCAGAAUGGGUACAUUGAGGAGGCAUUGUUGAUGUUUCACAAGAUGCUCAAGGCUAAUUUUGCCAUUGACUCCUUCAGUAUAUCAUCUGUUGUUCAGGCUGUUACUCUCACAAACAGAUCAGACAUAGGAACACAGCUGCAGUCUUACGCAAUGAAAGUAGGAUUGGACUCCAAUGCGGCUGUUGGUAGUUCACUAGUGGCAAUGUACUCCAAAAUUGGAGGCAUCAACGAUUGUGUCAAAGCAUUUGAUCAGAUUGAUGCACCUGAUUUGAUAGGUUGGACAGCAAUGAUUAUGAGUUAUGCCAGACAUGGAAUAGGUGAGGAGGCCUUGAGGCUCUUUGAGCUUAUGAAGAGAAAGAAGAUGAGACCUGAUCCAGUGACUUUUGUUGGGGUUCUCUCGGCUUGUAGCCACAGUGGUUUGGUUGAAGAAGGUUAUUUCCAUUUUGAUUCGAUGGUUAAGGACUAUGGCAUCGAGCCUAACUACCGCCACUAUGCUUGUAUGGUCGAUCUUCUUGGUCGCUCAGGGGGACUUAAAGAGGCUGAAAGGUUCAUCAGCAACAUGCCAAUUGCACCUAAUGCUUUGGUUUGGGAGACACUGCUUGCUGCUUGUAAAAUACAUGGUGACAUUGAGCUCGGAAAACUAGCAGCAAAAAUGAUCACCAAGUGUGAGCCAUCUGAUGCUGGAGCUUAUAUUUCUUUGUCAAACAUGUACGCUGACAUGGGCCAGUGGGAAGAAGUCAUGAACAUUAGAAGCUCAAUGAAAGGAGCUAAAGCAAAGAAGGAACCUGGUUGGAGUGUUGUUUGAGAUAGAAGUACUUUGAGACUUCGAUUGGGUGGAUGUCCAGAUCUUUGCAACUUUUUGUGCCUUCACGUGCCGAUCAAGGAUUUCACCUGAUAGAAUAUAAAUUGAGGAGGCAAACUAGUGAGGUAUUUGUUUGCUUCCAUUGCCUAUUAUUCAUGUGUCAAUAAGAGGAUCCUGAUUCAGGAUGCUACAUGACAUAGCCCAUUCCUUGAACCUUCUCACGCUGGCAAUCCUGACAAAUGACGGUUGUCUGUUGCCAAUUUUAUGGUAUAAACUCCUGAGUUGCAUCCCGUUGUCUAAAUACUUAAGUUGAGCUUACCAGCACUGCAUUUUGAGCAUAUUGAACCAUUGCUUUAGAUGAACACAGUAGUUUACACAAUGGGAGUUAGGUAGUAUGAUUUACACGACCAAAGGAGCCAUGUUCCUCAAUUGCUUUUUUGUUUUCAACCAUAGUCUCUAAGAUAUUGUCUUAUAGUAGGAAGUAGCGCUUGGAGUUGGCAUGCAGCUUCUUUACAUGAGCUAUCACUUAAUUUUUGCCAGCUCCCUCUUUGCUGGCUUUUGCUUCGUAGGAUUGUUUAAGAUGCAAGGCUGGAUUUCCUUCAAUACUUGAUAGCGUAGUGAUUGUUUGCUCUUCUGCGCGAUGCUCAUCUUGACCAUACAUUUUUGUUCGUAUUAUCAGUAAUAUCACAGUGGUGUAAUCGAACCAUGCAGUGAUGCUGGAUUUUAGACGCUCAAUCUAGCCUUAUCAAAUCAUGGUAUCACUAGCAGAGCCUCAGAACAGCAAGGUGUAUUGGCUUCCCAAAAGAAGCAUGGAAAAUGAAAAGGUAAAGAACGAAUUUGGUCUCCCUGGUGAUGAUUUUUCCAUCGCUUUUGUAGCUGGUCAUGUUAUGAUCUUAGUAUACUUUUACAGAAGAUCCUGCGUGUCUUUGAUUGAGGCAGGAUGUCAAACUUACGGACACGAUCACAUUGGAUGUUCUUCUUCCACAAGAAAUCAAGUUUCGGCCAUGGGCAAAAUGCAGUGAUGAUAGACCAAAUCAUUGUGAAUUGGACUAAAUCACCUGGAUACAGGCAGAGCAUCCACAGAGAAAUCACAUAUGCAAAAGCAGGAAAGUAGAUUAUUGACCACGUGUUUGUGGAUGAUCCAUAGUAUUCAGCCCUGUAUCUGCCAGCCUAAAUAGUAAUGAUUAGCCUUCAAGUUUUGGGUGCGAAUCAACUACCACGACACAGAACUGUUUCCCAAUUU